CGCAGGCCGUCUGGAGGCUGCCUGCUGCUGCUAGGCCUCCAUCUUGAGAGACGCUGGUCUACUCAGGCGUGAGACUUAGAUUUGCGUUUGGGACUGGAAGGCACCCAAAAAGGUGAAUCAUGCCUAAGAAGGUUAACAAAAUUAAGCCUGUGAGAAGGAACACAGGAAGGAUCAUAGGAAGGAGCACAAGAAGGAUUACAAGAAGGAGCACAAGAAGGAUUACAAGAAGGAGCACAAGAAAGAACACAAUACAAAAACUGAAAGACUAUAAUAGUAGGAUUAAACGUAUCUUCAAUCACAAAUGCUAUGUCACCUUCCUUACUGGCUGCUACAGUUACGACUGGGAAUACAGACAUUGGAAAAAAACUGAGAUUGGAUCCUGUUGCUGCUCCCGGAGAGAGCAAUUCUUUCACGUGUUCCUGAUAAUUUCAUUUUUAUUGUCUGUGAUUUUGCUGUUCGUGUGGGUAGAGACCUCCAAUGAAUACUUUAGCUUUGACUGGGUUGUUUAUCUAGGAACAGGAUACUGGCUCUUCUGGUCCAUUUUUUUGCUGAGUUUUGCUGCAGUCAUGGUUGCCUAUACUUCAUUGCUGUUGAUACUUGGAUCUUUGUUGCUUUGGGAAAGGAUAGAACUGUACCUGCACACGUGUCAUAAGAUCCUGAUUAUGAUAAUGAUUACACUAUGCACCUUUAUACUGUCUGUUAUAUGCAUAUUCUGGAAAGAUAAGUGGCUGAUAGCUGGGCUGUCACUGCAGAUCUUUGCACCUGUUGUACAGCCGAUCAGCAUAAUUGUGAUGGUGAUCCUUUCCUGGCCUUUGGCCAUGUAUGUGAGCUGUUUGGAAAGAGAAGUUAUAAAAAGAAGACGCAAGAUAACACCUUAUGAGAAAGCAAGACUCAGGAGAUGUAAUAUAUUCACAAGGUUAAGAGCUCUACAAAUUGUUGCUGGAUUGCCCUUUUUUCUUAUCCUUUUGUGCCUGUAUGCAAUGCCAUUGGGGGUUUAUUCUCCCUGCAUUCAGGAGAAGGAGGAGCUGGGGCCUAAGCCUGUCUUCUUUGCACACAGAGGUGCACCCAUGGCAGGGCCAGAGAAUACCGUGAUGGCCUUUGAGAAAGCUGUUGAACAAGGGGCAUAUGGACUGGAGACUGACAUACAUGUAAGUUUUGAUCAUGUGCCUUAUCUCAUGCAUGACUAUGACCUGAGACGAACAACCAAUAUCAAGGAAGUUCUGCCUGAAGAUGCCUUUAAACACCCUGCCUUAUUCACUUGGGAUUUUCUAAAGACUCUAAAUGCUGGUAAAUGGUUUAUAAAACCAGAGCGCAGACCAUUUUUCAAUAUGGGACCUAUAUCAGAGGCUGAUAAAAAAAGAGCAAGCAACCAGUCAAUUCCACAACUAACUGAUUUAUUGGAAAUUGCAAAGAAGGAACAAAAGUUUCUGAUAUUUGAUCUUUUUGGCCCUCCACCAAAACAUCCUCUCAGAAACACAUUUGUUCGUGAAGUAGUAAGGGUGAUCCUUGACUCGAAAAUUGCGCAACAUCUGAUUUUUUGGUUGCCAUCUCAUGAUAGGGCGUAUGUCAAGUAUAUGGCUCCUGGUUUUCAGCAUGUGGGUCGUUUCCUCUCCAUUGAAGACCUAGCAAAAGAGAAUAUCAAUAUAAUAAAUGUUGACUACAAGAAGUUAUUCUACAGUGGGUUGAGAGAUUAUAAAGCCGCUAACAUCAACAUCAAUUUAUACGUUGUCAAUGAGCCUUGGCUAUACUCACUAGCCUGGUGCUCCAGGAUUAACUCAGUGACCACAGACAACAUUCCACUCCUGAGUCAGCUUAAUCACCCUCAAUUCUUCAUGUCACCAACAAAGUAUCUGUUCAUAUGGCUUUUCACAGAUAUUGUUUCUGCAGUUUUCAUUAUUGCUAUAUUUUUUUAUUGCUGGUGGAGAGAAAUUAAAAAAGAAAAACUGCAGGAAAGUGUCAGUCCUCCCACAGAUAGUCCCAGCACAAGCUUCUCAGGGGAACACAACGAGCAUGGAGAAGUUUCACGCUUACCUGUAAAGCCUCCUGCCAGAAUCGCGCAAACUCCUUGGAUUCCUGUACCCCUCCAGCCGGCUUUAACCAGGAAUGUACAGAAACAUCCAGAAAGCUUCCAUUUUGUACAAGCUCCCAAGAACAAGAUCACACCACUGACACCUAUUGAUAGUGAUGAUAAAUCAGUGAAGUCCACGGAGAUCAUUAAACAUACCCAAGCAUCCCCCUGGGAGGAUAACAGCGAGUCCACCUUCCAAACUACAGUUACCUCCUUGAAGACAGAUGAGCUAGCAGAGCUAGCAAUGCCCUCCACAGAGUACUCAUCUGAAACACAAAUUCAAGAGAUCACAUCAGUACACUCCGAAGAAUCCUUUGAAACACUACAUUCUACCACAUCCUCCUUUAAAAUUCAACCAAAGAAAAAUUAGCCACACCUGUCUCCUUCUUCUUCUUCCUCUUCCUCUGUGUGCCUUAGGCUGGUGAUGGUGAGGAGUUGUCCAGAAGUCAUACAGAAGGGUCAUCCAGGCUUUCUACAUAACCAUUCUGGACCAGGCUUUCUAUAAACAGUGCCUCUCAAAGGGAUAGGCAAACAAGAAACUGUGACAUGUGGUCUUGGAACUGGAGCUAGUUGCUUUCUGGGUUGUCUUACAACAGUUGUCUUUACAUUCUAACUCUUCCACGGUAUUCUUCUAAGGAAUGACUGUGGUGAAUAUCAGCAUGUAAUAAAGGCACCCUCUCAGGAAGCCAGAGGUAAGUGGUGUAUUCUUUGGCCCCCUCUCUGAUCGCCCAGGCUCUCGAAGACUAGGGGAUGGUGCAAUAGUGAUGCCAUCCUAUGCCAGGGAAUGAUAGUGGCAUGGGCAUGAGUCAGGGGCAAGCAUCUUAUUCCAUACACAUAUUUUAUGAUCUAGUGUAUUGCGGAUGCUUCCUAAUACCAUGUGGCUCACUGAUUCACCAAAGCAUAAUCCCAUACCCACCCCACGGCCAUUGGCCUUGAAAGAAAUCCAGAACUACAACACAUGCCUGGAUCCCUGUCAUCUGGAGGAGCCCAAGGAAGGCAGGCCUAGGAUCUACCAAGUGAAAGAAGAAGUAUGACGAGAUAAAAAUGGAAUAUUUAAAAAUACAUCAUUAAUCAAACCCAGGUAUAAGCUCUAGAGCCUGUCUUCUUGCUUGAAGACAAGAAUAGGAUAUUGCCAUUUCCCUCAAAUAAGAUUCAGUGUAUUGCAAGAGUCAAAACAAAUAUAAAUAAAUUCAUAUAUUUAAUUCUU